GUACGAGCGGCUUGGCACGAACGACGACGACGGAGGCGAGUCCGGAAAGCCUGCGCGACAACACCAACACUGGGCAAGUUCUACAGUGCAUGUGCUGCUCUUGGCAAUACAAUCAACAGCAAUUGCCUUCCUUGUACUCUACAUUGCCUUGUCGUCGACGCCCAACAACAGCGACGCCGUUUGUGGUGCCCAGCUUUCGCCAUACUCCCCUUACAUAGACACCAAUGUCCUGCAAUACACCACAUUCACAGAAGAGAAUCAUCUGAUGCAGCCCUCUCCGUACCGAGGCCAGCCAACGCCGGAUAUAGAGAUGGCGUGGAAGGAAUUGUGGCGUCUUCCAAGGAUACAAUUCCCCGAGAGCAAGCUAUCUGCUCUAAACAAAACCAACGUCGACCUUUACACCCAUGCUGCACCGCAGUAUGGUGGCGGCGUGCUCGCAAUUCUGAACGUCUUCCACGAGCUGCACUGUUUGAACAUGAUCCGACAAUACACGUAUCGCGACAGCUACGACUACAGCGACGUGACGGCGUUUCGCGCUCCGGAGGAAAUCGUGCGUGGACACAUUGACCACUGCAUCGAAACUCUGCGCAAGCAACUGAUGUGCACUUCCGACGUGACGCCCAUGAUUUUCAUCAAAGAUGCCUCCAGACCGACAGGCAUGAAGCCGGAUUUCAACCUUCAGAGGAAAUGCCGGAAUUAUCAUCAGAUUCAGCAAUGGGCUUUGCGAAACAGAGCGGAGCCAGAGGAGAAUUAUGAGCUGGAGCAUUAGUUCGGGUCAGCUGAGCGUAGAAAGCGAUAGAUUGUUAAUAACGAGAUCGACGAAGAGCUGAAGAACCGUCUAUCAUCUGCCCACUGCUCCGUUGACAAUUUUGUCGAUGACGAAUACAUUCGAUCGGGAGGCGGGUUCGAUGCCGUUUCAGAGCUGCAGGAGCUGUCGAGGCGCCGCCUUUCCAGCAUGUAGAUAAAAUAGGCGCGGCGAACUUACUUCUCACGCCAAGCGUCUUGGGGAGACUUACCAUGGCAACCGAAGCAUAACAGAGGGUUUCCAAUGUUGACGCGUCCACGGAUUCGGGACCGCCAGGCUUCGACUCAUUCAUGGAUGAAAAAGAAAAUGGCAUUGUGCAACGCGGCGCCAGAUGAUGACAACAAGCAAGAAGAAGACCGCAGAAGCAAAGAAGAAGUGGACAAACUGCUGAAAAACUUCCUAAUCCACGAACGACAUCGUGAGCGCGUAUUCAGGCCGCGGUUCCAGCUGCGUCUGGACAUUGUAAGUGCCUGGGCCAUUGAAGCAGAAAGCUCAAUUCUCGACAUCGGCUGCGGGCACGGCGAGUCGUCGAUCACGCUCGCUCUGCGUCUGGGUCCACGAGCACGUAUAACCGGCAUCGACACGGCAAUACCAGAAUACGGCAGUCCGCAUACCGUCGCAGAGACACGCAACUUCAUCCUCCUGCACACGGAGUUUGGCCCGCAAAUCAGCUUUUUGCGCACAGAUGCAGAAACGAUGUUAGCGGGCCGUGGCGAGAAGGCGCCGCGAUUCGAUGCUGCAACGCUGUGUUUAAGCUUGUGGUAUUUUCCCACUGCUGCCAGUGUAGCGUCGUUAUUUCAAGCGCUCGCCGGCGCUGGGAUUUCGAGGGUGUACGUUGCCGAGUAUGAUUUCGCGGCUUCGAAGCGCGAGCAAAUGCCGCACGUCCUGGCAGCGAGGGUACAAGCACGGCUCCACGCGAGCAAAGGUGUUCGUCUUGUGGCUGACCCGCGAGAGCCAAACGUACGUGCAGCGCCCGAGGUCAACGACAUCCGGAGAGCUGCAUCGGACGCAAGUUUCGUGGUGGCCAGAGAAGGUCACCUCAGCCCAGCGGAGGACAUGCCGGAGGCACAUCUCGAAGUAGAAUACGUUCUCUCGGCUAAUUUCGAAGCUGCGGUGCGAAAGGAGAAGCUAGCGCAGUGGCAGGAAGAGGAGAUCUUGGCCGGGGUGUCCAUGGUGAGAAAGGCAAUGGACGAUCUCAACAAGGACGGCAUAAUGCGUGCUCAGGCGAUGGAUAUCUGGUGGGCAGAGAUGUGUGCAGACCUCAAGCAUUGACUUGAUUAGUUGUACUACACGUGUCUUGUGCUGUAGUUUCGAUCCUUUCGCAACGACGAGAACAGCUCAGACUCCUG